UGUAACCACCGGUCAAAAAAGCAUUUCUCCAAACAUGCGUAUCUCCACGGAAUAGUUAUCAUUCGUUGUGACGGUUGUCAGAAUCUGCAUCUGAUUGCCGACAACUUGGGAUGGAUCAAAGAUGAACGAUGGUAUGUGCUCUUCCUCCCCCCCCCCUCGUUUUUGCCAACACAAUUUUCUUUUACUUCAUCAAGCAUAAGUCUGAUUUAG